ACCAAACUGAAGAUGGCUCGUGCCCGCUCUGGGACAGAGCCCAGCGCCUGAGGUCCUUACCAUGGUGAUGGUCCUGAGUAAAAGCCUCAGCAACGAGGGAGCUGACUCCAUAGUAUGCAGAACUUUCAAGCCUGAACUGCACACGCCAAAGAAGAUGAGUCAAGGACCUACACUAUUCUCUUGUGGAAUUAUGGAAAAUGACAGAUGGCGAGACCUGGACAGGAAGUGCCCUCUUCAGAUUGACCAACCAACCGCUAGCAUCUGGGAAUGCCUGCCUGAAAAGUGUCAGGACAGCUCACUGUGGCACCGCGAUGCAGUGACUGCCUGUGCUGUGACCAGCCUGAUCAAAGACCUCAGCAUCAGCGACCACAAUGGGAACCCUUCAGCACCCCCCAGCAAACGCCAGUGCCGCUCACUAUCCUUCUCCGAUGAGAUGUCCAGCUGCCGGACAUCAUGGAGGCCCUUGGGCUCCAAAGUCUGGACUCCUGUGGAGAAGAGACGCUGCUACAGUGGGGGCAGUGUCCAGCGCUACUCCAACGGUGUGGGCACCAUGCAGAGGAGCUCCAGCUUCAGCCUCCCCUCCCGGGCCAGUGUGCUAUCUUCGCCCUGUGACCAGGUGGCACUUCACCACCGAUUUGGAGGGCAGCCCUGUCAAGGGGUACCAGGCUCAGCUCCCUGUGGGCAAGUGGGCGACUCUUGGAGCCCCGACCCACACCCUGUGGGAGGCGGCCGGCUGGACCUGCAGCGGUCCCUUUCCUGCUCACAUGACCAGUUUUCCUUUGUGGAAUACUGUCCACCCUCAGCCAGCAGCACACCUGCCUCAACACCAGAGCUAGCGAGACGCUCCAGCGGGCUUUCCCGCAGCCGUUCCCAGCCAUGUGUCCUUAACGACAAGAAGGUUGGCAUUAAACGGCGGCGCCCUGAAGAAGUGCAAGAGCAGAGACCUUCCCUAGACCUUGCCAAAAUGGCACAGAACUGUCAGACCUUCAGCAGCCUCAGCUGCUUGAGCACGGGGAUGGAGGACUGCGGCCCCCAGAGCCCCUUCGCCCUCCAUGUCAGCAGCACACGGGCCUGGACCACCUUGCUUUCAGCUUCUGGCCCAGGGGGCAGGACCCCUGCCGGGACCCCAGUCCCUGAGCCUCUUCCUCCUUCCUUUGAGGAGCACCUUGCCUGCCAGGAGGAUCUGUCCUGUGAGGAGUCAGAUGGCUGCGCUCUAGAUGAAGACUACAGCAGGAGAGGGGAACCAGCCACAGCCUGGAGGGACCGCGGGGCCACCGGGAACAGUCUCUGCUCUCUGGAUGGCGAGUUGGACAUUGAACAGAUAGAGAACAACUGAGGGCUGUGGACCCUGGUCCAGGCUGGGGCUGCAUUGUAAUCGAUGGGCCUUCAGUGGCGUUCAAAGGGGGGCCCAACUUCCUGAGGGGUGCUGGGUCCCAGAGAGGAAGCUGCCCACCUCCCAGGGAGAGGCUGUCUGGUGCAUGGUGCCCUGGCUCUGUGAAUGCUGGCCUGCCACUCCCUGCAAUGGGGUGUGUCAGCCUCUCACCAGCUGCCCAAGUGUGGUGGCUGCCAGGUCCACAUCACUACCACAGCCCAAAGAGCAGCUCUUCAGUUUGGGUCUUCUCUGCCUUCUUUCUUAUAGUGGGGUAUUGGGCAGUCUCUGUCAUUUCCCCAGCAGAGCUGGGCACCUCACUGAAUCCCCUGGGCAAGGUUGGCAAGAGGCCCCGGGCUUGGGGUUAGGCCAGGGGCUGUCCGGCCAUGUCAGGCCCUUCUGGCCUCGCUCAGGUUCAGUGCUGGGGAGUUGGCCCCACAGCUUCUUUCACUCAGUUUUAUUCCGUGCCUUCUCUCCCAGGCCUCCCUGCUUCCGGCUUGGGAAGGUUCCAGAGAUGCUUCCUUCUAUAGUGACACCAGAACCAUUUGGCCUUAAUUCCAAGUGUGGGAGGAAGAGAUUCUAGGAUGCUAGAGUGGCCCUCCAGAGGUUAAGCCCAUGUCUGAACUCUUGGGGCCGAGGGAGCAACUUGGGGGUACUUGGUACAGGCUAUCCACAUUGGGUAGGAAUUUGGUGAAAUCUGUUGGCUGGAAAGACAGACUCACUUGGCCUUCCAAAGCAUGGAAAAGAGCCUGACCCAAGGCUCUGUCACUUUGGGGGCUGCCUUGAUAAGGUUGGCAGAUAGCAGCCCCUCUCCAUGGCUGACUUGUCACUAAAGGAUUAGUUUGGUUGAGUGAGUGUAGGGAUGUCACAGCCUCUUGAAAAUGUCCUUAGGUGAUAAGAGCUAUGAACCGGGCCUGGAAUGAGGGCCCUCGGAGCCGCCUGCAGCAUUCCAAGCACAUUCCCAUUUGUUCUUGGGGGCUGCUGGCAGUAAGGUGUACCAUCUGCCUCAAGACAGGCCCUCACCUUCUCAGCUGAGGGGGGCUCAGUGCUAAAUGCCCCCUCCAUGCCAUAGGCCUUGCCAUGGACACAGAGCUCCAUUUGCACCCUCUUCCUGGCUUCUCCCAGAUGGUGGAGUCUGCAACAUGGCCCACAGCAUCGUGGUGGGGGAUGGGUGUCCCUGACCCCCUGGGGGUUUUCUCUGGGGCAUCUCUGCCCCAGCCCUCCUUGCAUACGCACCACAUGAGCCCUGCUCUCUGGGAAUCUGGCUUUUAGCAAACUUGGCAUCUUCUGCAGACAAUAGCACUGGGCUGGCUUGUGAGUGAGUGGCGUAUUUUCCCAUAAGGCUAAAAAUAACUGGUGUGUUCUCUUGAGUUUGCUGACACGUGAUAAAGGCACUUUUGUAGUCACUUUGCUUUUGCUCGUCUUCUGUGGACGAGUGAAUGCCUCACUUCUGCAGAUUGAGUCCAAGUGGUUCUCACCUCUUUCCUAAAAAAAGACCCUGUUUGGGAAACUAUCUAAACCUUCACUUUUUACUACAUCAAAAGGGCGGUAGCUCAAGUUCUUAUAUGUGGGUGGCAUUUCUUAAAAAUCAGCCAUAAGAUGCUCGUGGAAAACCCCCGUCCAGUGGCCCAGGUUGCAGAGCUUGGGUGUGCUGGGCGCUAGGCAGGUCCUGGAGGGGCAGCCAGCUCACCCAAGUCUGCUGUGGCUCCUUCCAGAGGCACAUCCACUUGGGACCCUGGAAAGCCAAACCCAGGGCUCUGGGUUGACAAAGGGAUCUCUCCUGAUCCUGCCUCGUGGGUUCUGGGGGCUGAGUCGGAGGCUGGGGCAGUCGUUGGGUGAAAUGUAGAGAGCACAUGCCAGUGUCUUGUGUCCUCAGAAAGCCCUUGAUGGGAGGUCCUGGCACCUGGAGUGGCCACACCAAGAGUGACCACAAGGGGAGCAGGACUCUAAAGCAGACCUUCCUGUGGAAGAAGGAAGGCAGGGCUAGCCAAGGCCAGGCAUGGCCCAGGUGCCUCGCUCAGGGCCAAGGGGGUGGCACAUGGUGGCUGGUAUAUCAUAGGGCUGUAGCAUGACCUGCCCUCACACCCUGCCUGCCAACUCCCCCUCAGGCCUAGGGGCAGGGAAGGACAAGCCAAGUCGCGGCUUUGUCCUCCCCAGGUCCUGCCAGUCAGAAAGCCCAGCCCCAGGCACUUGCAGGCAGAAGUGAUCCAGGCCUGUGGCAGGGUUUGGCCCUUUCCAGCCUCCUCAGGGGCCUCUUGGCCAUUUCUGCCCCCACCAGUGCUCCUAGCCCAAGCCUGAGUCCAUGACAGCAAACAGCAGCCAGCAGCUAGGGGGAUAAAACGGUGGUGUCCCCUCUGCUUAGAGAAAAAUGGCCUUCAGUUGGUCUUAUGUUUGUCUUUUGACUGGCACCUAUCUGGAAGGUGCCACCCCCAUCACCUACCAUAGCCACAUGCCAUAGAGGCCCAUUUCUGUACUCCACUGGCCCCAGGACUUUGGUCUUGGAACUCUGGCUGUCCCCACAGGUGGCCCUAGCUGAUGGCAGCUGCAGGGGCCUCACUGUUGUGGCCCUGCCCAUGAAUCCUGAGGAAGGGUCCCUGAAGAACGAGAGUGGCCUAUGGCCAGGAAAGCCCAGCAGGAGAAAGGGCUCACCAUCACACAGCAUCCCCACUCACUCCGAAGCCACUCAACCAUUGGGACCUGUUGUCUGCUGGGGGGGGGGGAGGGGGAGGGCACGGGGUCAGGCUGCAGCCUCACCAUUUAUGUUAACUGCAAAUUCUCUUGCCUUACACUUGGUGGAGGCCCGAGCUGGCCCAAGGCCCCCAGGCAGACCCCAUGUAGGCCCACAGGGAGCUCAUUCUGACCAGAUGUACGGAUUUUCACUCUCAGAAAGCCUUACUUUUCAACAGAAUUUUGUAGCAGGAAAGUUUUACGAAUUUGUACACUGAAAGAAAACUUAAAUAAAAGUCCACAUUAAAAAUAAACCCCAAUUUUCCAAUGGGUCUCCUGGGUGAGGGGUGUGCAAUCAGCCAAGCUCUACUGUGCCAUCUGACAUGUUUCCCCACAAAGCAACAUGGCCCUGGAACCUGUGCCAUGGGCUCAGCCUUAGCAUCGGCUUGGGCUGCACCCCCGUUUCCACUGAGGAGGUUGUAGUUGCGUGUGCUCUGUGGUCACAGGGCCGGUCUCCUGGACAAUGACCACUGUAGACACCAGCCACCUGGGACCAGGCAGCCCCACCUGGCACAGCUGGUGUGGUCCAGGCAUUCUGGCUGCAUACAGGCAAUGAUGCCACACCUUGCCACAUCCGCACUGUUGAUCAAACCCCUCCCGCUGGUGCCAUGUUGAGAAAACCAUAUCUCUAAACAGAAAAGAAAAAUUUUUUUUAAAAAAUCACAGCCCUAAGGGGAGAUCUGUAGCCUAGGUAGGAUAGUCUGACCUUCUAGCAUAGCGUCUUUGGCAAAUGAUUUGUGUUUUCAGUGCAUGGGGGAGAUGUCCUGGAGACUCAGGUGACAGACGGCACAUAGACUAUUCUAGAGUUGUAGCAAGCUUCCCCAAACCAGACUUUGGUGUUGCAGAGCUUCAGGAAGUGUGGCAACCAGAGGUGUAGUGUUGGGCCAGGCCUGGCCCAGGGGCAAAACGGUCUGCAUGCCGAGAGCGCUGGGCCGGUGUCCUGUCCCCCGCCCCCAUUGCAGCCUGUCCUCCCUGUACAGGCCAUGACUUGCACUAGAGCUGCUCUAGUCUCUCAGGAAUCUGCUUGUUACUUUUACUGUGUAAAUAAAGCUUCCUGGUUCAAUAUCCA